AUGGAUAUCCGAAACCUCACUAAUAAAAAACCUUAAUUAGCUAUACUACAUACUAAAAAUCCUAGUAAACAAUUUUCAAUGAAGUCAGAGAAAAGAAUUAAAACAAAUACAUCAGAUACUAAUAGAUCUGUAGAUACAAAAAAAAUCUUAACUGAUUUCUAUGACUCAUGUAAGAGAAGAAAAAGUAUUUAAUAUUAACUAAUUAGUUACUUCUUAAUUUAUACAUGAAAGAAAUAAAUCUUAAUAGCAUUAAAAUGAAUCACUCUUUUAGUCUAUUGAUAGUUGCCCUUCUUUUAGAUAGUAAGCCUCUAUUUCACAUGCUUCUCCUCCAAAUAAAUUCUUUCUAUUUAAUACAUGUGAAAAAGUACUAUGCUAAAAAAGUAAUGGGUCUAAAAGAAUUUAAACUUAGUAUGCUGAAAAGCUUUUCUUAUAACAAUUGAAUUCAAACAAUAAACAAGAGUUAUUGUUGAAAAUUGAAUAGUAUAUAAGAGAUUAUUUUACUGAUGAAUGUAGAGAGAUGGCUAAUUUAUUUGAUACUUUUAUGAGGGAACUUAAUUCAUAAAUUUCAGAUUAAAAAUUCUAAUUAUCAUUACAUGAAAAAUAACUAGAAAUUCAAAAAUUAGAUGAAAUUAUUAGAAUGAAUACAAAUCAUACUUGGGCCCAUUAAGAUAUGGAAAGAUAAUUAAAGUAAUUAUAAACAUAAAAUUGUGAAUAAUUGAAUUUGAUUACAAAAUAUGAAAAUGAAAAUAAAGAUUUAUAGACAAGGAAUAAUCAAUUAAAAUAGUAAUUAGAAUUAAAGUAAAAAGAAAUAGUUUUGAAAAAUAAAAAAAUAAAAGAAUUAGGAUAUGAAGUAUUAUAAUUGUAAAGAAAAUUAGAAUAUGUAGAAAAUAAAGCCUAGAAAGAUCAUAGAUAAUCAAUUUAGUAAAUAAGGUAUUCAAUAUUUUAAAGUCAAUAAAUUGGUUCAAAUUCAAAUUUAAGUUAAACUGGUAAUGCUAAUUAACUUCCUAAUAAUAAAUUUACUCCACUUAUUGAAGAAUUAGUAGAGGAUUCUUCACCUUCUUUAACAGAAUAAGAAGAUGAAGAAGAAAAAGAACUUAAUUAAAUUGAAUUUAAUACUGAAAGAAUAGUUGAAACAAGAGAAAAAGAAUCUUAGGUUGAGUUUGAUAUAAUUAACAAUUAUACUAAAGAAUAAGAUACUUAAACAUGCUUGAAAUUAGUAGAGAGAAAAUUUGAUGAGUUAACAUAAGAUCUUUGUGAAUAAGCUCUAAAUUUCAUAGAUUUUUUAAAUAUACAUUAAGAUAAAGUAGAAAUUGAUAUGAAUUAAGUAAAUACUAAUUUAAAUAAUAUUAAUUUGGAAAAAGUUUCAGAUGAAGAAAUUGUUAAAUUUUUUGAUCAAUAAGUACUAUUAUAACCUAAUUUAUAAUUAUCAACAGGAUCUUAAAAUCAUUCGUAAUUAGUUAGGCAACCUUCAGUUAGAACUAAUAUGAAAAGAACAUCUGUCAUACUUGAUAGACCAUCUAUAUAGAAUUAAUAAUAAAUGCCAAAUUAAAUAAAGAUUAAAUCUAUGAUAACAUUCAUAAAAAUGUAAGGUAGUAAAAUGAAACAAUUAGAAACAUAAUUAAAAGAAGGUAUCUAAUAAAUUGAAGGAUUAAAAUCCAUCAAUGAUAAUUUAGAGGAACAUAAUAAGGAAAUAAAAGAAUAAAAUUUUAAAUUACUUGAUUAAAUUACUAAUUUACAUAUUAAAGUUAAUGAUUUAGAAAAUUAGAUUAUGUCUGAUGCAAUGGAUUUAAAUUAGGUUUUAUCUUAAUAAGAAAAAAAGCCUCCAAAUAUUAAAUAAAAUACAUUCGCUUAAAGAAGGACUAAAAAAGCUGCUCCUCAUUUAGGAUAAAAAGUAAAAUUAAAUUAUAAGCUAGAUAACAAUUAGUUAUGAUUUUUAGAAGAAUUAGUCAAAAUUACUUAUUGAAAAAAUUAAAUAAAAAAGUAUGGGAAAGUUUUAAAAUUAUUUACCUUUAAAAUUAGUUUUAAAAAUGAUUUCUACAUUUUAUUUUGAAAAAAUUUCAAAUUAAAAAGAAAAUAAAUAAUUGAGAGAUUAAGAUAUGUCAUCCUAUAUUUAUAAUUAUUAUUUAUAGUAAUUUGGAUAUACAAAAGUAACAGAAUAAAGAUUUAUGAUACUUGUUUUAUCUAUUAAAAAAUAUGUUUCAAUAGUUAGAGUAAAUUUGUUUGCUAAAUUUAUGAAUCUAUUAGAAGAAAAGAGUAAUUAUAGAGUAGAAGAACUAUAAAGAUAUUUGGAAGCAUUAGAAUAUGUUUCAAAUAUAUAGAAUUUGGGUAUAGCUAUUAAAGAUAAUGAAUAAGAAUAGAAACACUAUAUACCAUAUGUAAGAGCUUUAGCUUAUCUGGGAUAAUUAUAAAAUUUUAAUUUUACAUAAGAAGAACUUAAUUAUUUAAAAUUGGAAUUAGAAAAUCAAAAAGAAGUUGACCCAAAAAAUAUUAAUAAAGCUGGAAUAAUAGAUUUUGAUUUAUUAAUGAUAAGAGUAUUGACAAUUUUUAGAAAUAAUGUUGAAAAAACAAAGCUUUAUGUUAUAAAUGCUUUUGCAGCAUGUGAUCUCGAUGGAAAUGGAAUGUGUAAUAUAGAUGAAUGGUUGCUUUUGAUUAGACAUAUAGAAUCAGAGAAAUUUGAUGAAGAUAAAUUUAUUGAUAUAUUCGAAGAAUUUGCAGAUCUAGUAGAAGAAGAUGAAAAAAAUCUAUCAUUUGACAGAUUUUCAAUAUUAUGUAUGGAACAUGAAUUAUUUAGUGAUGCUCAAUAGAAUAAAUUCUUAAGAGUCAAAAGUAUUAAUUAUUUAUAAUUAUUAGGUAAUUAAGAAGCUGAUUAAAAAUUUGAAUAGUUAAAAUAAAAUUGGGGUUAAAUAUAUAUGGAAUAAUUAAAGAGACUUAAUGAAAUAAAAAUGGAAGAGAUCGAAAAGUAAAAAUGGCAAAAGAUUCUUGGUGUAUUAGAUAAAAAAUUAUCAGAUCAACAUAGUAGUAAAAAACCUUUAUUGAUUGCCUAUAAGAUAUUUUUGGAGGAAUCAAAGUGA